ACGAACAAGCGAAUAGUUUUAUAUUCGGUUCGGGUCAGAUUUAACGACCACCAGAAGCAAGUGCAAACGAACCACGCGCCAUUCUAACAGUUUCCCAAAUCCUUUUCCUCGCCUAACAUAAUAAUAGUAAAAGUAAUUGGACAAAGUUAUGUAUGUCAUACUGCAAAAAAUAAAAAGGUUAUGUGUGUCAACUUCCCCAAACCAAACCCUAACUGAGACCACUCUCAUCUCACGUACUACUCGAGAAAUAACACAACAAGAACUUGAACCUGAAUCACCAAACCCUAAUUCCCCAGAUUGACAUUUUACUCGGACGUAACCUAAAGUCUCCAAAAUGCUCCCCAAAGCCUUAGUUGGCGGUUGAAACUUCCUCCAAAAUUCUAGCCUUUUGACUUUAAGGAGGGGGCCAUGUCGCUCGACGGCGGUUCCAUUGACCGUCGAGAAGUGUAUUCGUCGGGAGGUGCGAACGGCGUCGUUUCGGUGGCAGCUUCUGCAGCUGCGUCGAAUCAGAGGCUGAGACUGAACCCAAGCAAGGAGCAUAAGCCUGAGAGUUACGAGGACCUGCAAUUGGAUUUCACUCCGUCGAUUUUCAGCUCUCUCGAGAGGUAUUUGCCGCCUAAUUUGUUGACUGUUCCUCGGGAUGACAAGGUCAAGUUCAUGAGGGAGAUUUUGCUCAAGUACUUGCCUCAUGGAGAGCGUAACAGAGUUCAGAAACAAAGGGAGUACAGGCAGAAGAUAAUAUCAAAUUAUCAGCCUUUACAUAGAGAAAUAUACACAAUGCACCCUGCAAGCACAUUUGUUCCAUCGUUUCUGAAAGCAAUAAGUGAUAAUACCGAGGAAAGCUUUAGAAGUAUUAUGUCUGAACCUUCUCCAGGUGUUUUUACAUUUGAGAUGCUUCAGCCUGGCUUCUGCGAACUGUUGUUAUCUGAGGUUGAGAAUUUUGAAAAGUGGGUUACUGAUGUAAAGUUCCGAAUUAUGAGACCCAAUACAAUGAAUAAGUAUGGUGCUGUUCUUGAUGAUUUUGGCCUUGAAACCAUGCUUGACAAGCUUAUGGAGAGUUUCAUUCGUCCUAUAUCGAAAGUCUUCUUUCCUGAAGUUGGAGGAGCAACUUUAGAUUCUCAUCAUGGUUUUGUUGUUGAAUAUGGUAAAGAUAGAGAUGUUGACUUGGGUUUUCAUGUCGAUGAUUCAGAAGUGACUUUAAAUGUGUGCUUGGGUAAGCAGUUUUCUGGAGGAGAGUUGUAUUUUCGAGGCACACGAUGUGAUAAGCAUGUAAAUACUGGAAGUCAACCUGAGGAGAUCUUUGAUUAUUCCCAUGUCCCAGGCCAAGCUGUGCUUCAUCGUGGACGUCACCGCCAUGGUGCUAGAGCCACAACAUCAGGUCAUCGAAUCAACUUACUUCUAUGGUGCAGAAGUUCGGUCUUCAGAGAGAUGAAGAAGUACCAAAAGGAUUUCUCAAACUGGUGUGGGGAAUGUUUGCGUGAGAAGAAAGAGAGGCAACGCACCUCAAUUGCUGCUACUAAAAGGGAAUUGCUGAGGAGAGAAGGAGAAUCCAAGACAUGACCGGAUGUUUGAGUAUCUUGGUGGCGAGAGACAAAGGUUACAGCUAAAGAUGACACUUAAACUGGAAGCCUACUAGUGCUUUAUCCUAAUGUAGGAUUUGUAUGUACAUUAAUUAUUUUCAAGGUAAUUUAUUGAUCCAGGAAUUUCCUUGUAAAAUCAUGCAUUAGAUGUUAGUGUAGAAAAAAAGAAAAAAGAAAGUCCAUGAUGGAGGUGUUGAGAUUGUAUUUAGGUGAAAGGGUGUUCCAAUAAAGGCCAUUCUUUUUCACCUCCCUCUUAUGAUUGUGAUUGUGAUUGUGAUUAUGUAAUUGAACUCUAAUUUUUACUUUUCAUGGUUUAACGAUGCAAGCUUUUCUUCUUC